UUCCAGACUGCCCAGUCAAUACUGUCAAUUUUUAAAGGGGAACGCUCCUGCUGAAAAAUAAUCGUAUCUGUAACUUCAACUGCGCAGCUUUUCCUAGACACCUCCAAACUCCCUAUCGUCAAUCACGGCGCUAUCCAUAUUCGGCUAUCUCCCCGCAAGCUUCAACGUUACUCAGCUAUCUAUCAGCAUCCCCAAGCUUCACAUCUUUGCACUACGAAGCUUGCUUCCGCACUCGGGCAUCCAGUCGCCUAAGACUAUGAGCCAACCUGCGGGAAGCUAGCUUGACAUAUGCCUGACCAUUCCGGCGCUACUUCGUCGAGAGAUUUCGCAGUUCAAACAGGCGAACAUGGGCAACACCCGUUCGUUCAUUAUGACACGCAGCGCGACCCAAACGCCGCGGGAGCACCCUUGACAUCAAUCCAGACAUAUGCGCAAGACCAGAUUCGCGAUUAUCCCGCCUUCAACGCGCAAGAUCCACGCCAAGGGCAGUUUCCUCCCUACGGCUUCAACUCGGGAGCGUGGGACUGGAACGGCUCGAUUGAGUCCCCCGCCUUCGCAAACCACUACGAACCGCAGGGCGAACUUAUGCAGGAGCUUCGGAGUCUGGACGUCUCUAUGAACGAGCCCAACGUCGCGCAUCUGAGUUCGACCGUAGAGCCAGCAUAUCGAUUGUCGCAUCAGGCUCAAGGCGCGGUUCCUGGCAUACAAAACCCGCUGUCGCCACCGCCUAAACCGCUACAGCAUUCUGCUGUACAAGCAGGCAUGAAGAGGAAGGCCGAGUCUGAGUCCAGUUCGGCUGCGUCGCAAAGCGCCAACGUCACGGCAGAGAACCCGACAAAGCGCCCGAAUCAGUCGCGUACAUCGUCAGGUGCGUCGCCCGCUGUAGCUACGCCUAACGCCGCGAAUACCCAAACUGCUGUCGCAUCGGCGACCUCCGAACACGCGUCAAGGUCAACAUCGCAGGCCAACAAUGAAGGACAUCGACGGCAAGAGCAGGGCAAGGGGACCGGUCCACAGGGCAAAGUCAUCGACGUCUCGAAGCCAAGAAGAGUGAUCGAAUCGUCUGGGGGUCCUAAUAUGCUGCCUGCCGGGAAAGUGUUUCCUAUACAGAUUGGGUCGGAGCUAUUCAGGCUGUCUGGCGCGUCGAUAUCUUCAGAUGCACCCUCGUACUUUUCUCAUUUCUUCAGCGAGCAGCUGCAAAACAACGGUGGCAGAGCUGGCGACGUGAGGACUCUCUACAUCGACCGCGACCCCGACACAUUUCGCGACAUUGCAUUGCACCUCCAGGGCUACCACAUCACUCCGAGGAGUGGCGAGCAUUUCGUGAAACUAUUCGCAGAUUCGCAGUUCUAUUCACUGCCCCGACUCACGAAACAGCUAUUCAACACCGACAUAUUCGUCAGCAUAGGCGGAACACCUUUCCAAAUACCACGAGACCUCUUCUCCGCUCCAGGAAACAGCCCAAACUACUUCUCCCUGGGCUUCGCGCAAUUCUUCUCCACGCCUGCAGAAGUAUUCCCCGGACUGGACCGCAGCGCGCUACUUCGUCCACCAUCCAUCUCGCCGCCCACUGUGCCGAACAAGAGCGGCGAAACGUUCGCCGAGCUGAUCAGGAUGCUCCAGGGAUACACCGUCGACAUCAGAAACGACACGCACCGCGCCCAACUCCUACGCGAUGCGCGCUAUUUCCACUUCAGAGGCCUGGAACAACAUCUCAUACCGUGUGAGGUGUCGUACAACCUGAAGCGUCAGCAAUCCGAGAUUCUGCUGCGCCUAGAAGACAUCCGGCAGUCGGGCGUGUCCUUUGCGCCCGACGACGACGACGCACAAUCUUCACCCUCAAGUCUCGUUCCCCAGGAUGGCUACGUAUCCUAUGCCCGUCCCUACAUAGACGACCAGUCCCAGCCCUCGGCCCUCAUCCUCGAGCUCUCAUCCCCGGAAUCAACGACGCUUUCCCUCGCCCCAUCGCCAGAUCACGCAUCAUCCCUCUCCUUCCGCGCCACCUUCCACAACAGCGCACUCGCCCGCAUCACAUCCCUCUUCAGCGUCAUCGCAGCCAAAAUGGGCCUCCCCGCUACCCAGCCCCUCGGCCUCAUGUACCUGCACUCCGGCUCCGGCGUUGCCGCCCAACCCGUCAACCCCGAGAACUCGGGCGUGAGCGAACGGCGCGUGCGUGUGCGUCUCGACUCGGACUGUGUUCUGGAAGUCGAUGGGCGGGCCGCGGAGGUUGCGGCUGAUGAGGAGGGGCGGUUGGGGAUAAGGCGCGUUGGUGGGGGUGGGUCGUGGGUUUGCGGGAAUGGUGAGAGAGAAGUUGAGUGGGUGGUUCAGCGCGCGCAUUGGCGGUUGAGGGUUGAGAGUGUGGCGUCUGAGGGGGAAGGGAGGAGGAUGCAGGUCGUGCUUUGUGGGGUGAGGAUCGAAGCGUAUACUGUGGAGCGGAGUCGGAAUCUCGCCCGGGGGUUUCUGGGGAGCGCAUGAGUGAGUUUUGUAAGAUGUUAUUUUGUUUAUGCGACGUGCUUUGGUCUGAUAGUAUGGAUCAGCCAGCGACAUAUACAGCGGUAUCUGAAACUUUCAACACGCCAGUGCCAUGCACACCGCCCACCCCAAACCCAGUAAAGAAACAGUACGCAACCAUUCAUAACGCUAAAGCAAUUCCAUGGUAUUCAAGAAAGAAAGAACCACCCCACCCUCAAAUCACACCACUCCCCACCGCGAGCCACACCAACACACCCCCAACAACCAGCAGCAGCACCACAACGAUGAACAUGGCAAACACGCGCUCCACGUACCGCACGUCGUCGGGUUCCCCUGCCUCUUCCUCAUCCGCGUCCACGCGCCGACUGGGUAUGUACUGGAUUAACGUGUCACGGUAGCAGGGUGUGCGUACGGCGACGGCGUAGGAGGGUGGUGCUUCGUAGGGAUAGAAGAGUAGGGCUAGCGGGACGUCGUCGUCUGUGUAGUGC